AUUGCAUCUCAAUAUUUGCUGUGUUAGUGUUGCAUGGUUUCAAUGGUUACAGUAACAUCCUUUGCAGUUAAUAAAAAUCAUGUUACAGUAUCAGUAAAGGCAAUUAAGGAUGAGCACCAGGCUCUUCAAAUGCUUUGCAAUUCAACAGAAGAAAAGUAUAAAAAUCUACAGUUUGAAUACCAAGAGUUGGUACAAAGGUGUAUGCAUCAAAAAGCAUUAGAAGCAGAUCUUCUUAACAUGCAAAAUGAAGUUUUGGCUAGUAGGAGGCAACAAAAGCUUCAACAAGAAUUGAUCGAUGCAGCAAAUGAACCUAUUUUUCUAUCACCUGUAUCAUUGAGCCCUGAAAUUGGUAAGAGAUCUUCAAGCUAUUCUAACCUAGGAAUGAUCUGCUUAACUUCUGUCCCAGAUCGACCCACACAAUCAACAGAAAAAUUGAUCUUGGCUUCGUCAAAUGAUAAUGCUUGUUGGAUAUGGAGUAUAAAUGAUUUAAGAUUACGACAUACUUUGACAGGACACAGCAAUAAAGUAAUGACAGCAAAGUUUCUUGGAACAGAUUCGAGCAAAAUAGCGUCUGGAAGUUAUGAUAGAACAAUAAAAGUAUGGGAUUUAAGAAGCAAAGUUUGCACUAAAACAAUCUUUGCAGGAUCCAGUUGUAAUGAUCUUGUUACAUCAGACAUUGCAGGGACUACUAUCAUUAGUGGCCAUUUUGAUAAAAAAAUUCGCUUCUGGGAUAUAAGAUGUGAUCAAAACUCUAAUGAGAUUCAGCUUUAAGGCAAAGUUGCAUCUUUAGACUUGUCCCAAGAUAUAAAUUAUCUUUUGGCUUGCACGCGAGAUGACUCACUAAAACUGAUUGAUUUAAGAAGAAAUCAAAUUGUAUCAACAUACAGAACUGAUGGUUUUAAAGUUGCGUUUGAUUACACUCGUGCUUGUUUUAGCCCGGAUGCUCAAUAUGCUUUUUGUGGGUCACAUGACAACAAUAUUUAUGUAUGGAAUACACGCACAAACCAACUCGAUGAAGUUCUUAAGGAACAUAAGAGCGCUGUUAUUGCAACAGCAUGGCAUCCGCAUGGAUCUAGUAUUUUAUCAAGCGACAAAAAUAAGCACGUUAUUUUGUGGAAUGACUUUUGAAAGUGAUUUUCAAAUACGGUUUGGAGUGCUUUGAGAAUCCAAAAGCAACGUUGUCAGUUAAAUAGUUCCCGCUUUAGAUCUAAUAUGGCGCACUUUGGUUUAAUAUCAAUGUAGAUUCUUAUUGUUUUUGUGGUGUGCAUCUGCUGGUGUUAAUCGUUUUUGUUAAAACAGUUUUAUAUCUUAAAUACUAUUCCUGUUGGCUAUAUACCCUCAAGUUGUUGCUAUUGACAUCAAUGUGUAUUGUUUGAAUGGAUAUUUAGUAAAUAAAUAGAGUAUAAAUGGUAUUAAAAGUAACCGAGUUUAGCAAAAAAACUAGAAAUUGAAUUACGAUCAGAAAUCGUAAUUAAACUCUUUGUGUAUGAUCAAUAAAAAACUAUAUAUGAUAAAAAUAGUUAUAUGAUAAAAAAAAACUUUAAAACUUUUGAAAAGGGCUAGAUAAUUUUUGCUAUUAGUAAAUGUUUUAACUUUUUAUAUUUAGCAAAAAAGUUUUAUAUUAUGUUCGCUAAGCUCAUACAUAAAAUCAAAUUAAUUGGUUGUUAGAAACGUUUACGGUAUGCCAUCUUCAUUAUGUACGAGAGAUUUCACGUAGCUGGCAGAUUAUACGUACGAAUCGGAUUUCUGUAUUUCUUGAAGCCUCAAGAGAAUUUUAUUAAACUUAUUUUUAAUCUUUUUGACAAAUUUUAUGAAUAAUUACUGUUUAAUAUUUUGUAUAUUAGUAUACAGAACUUUUCGUUUUGAUAUUUAUAUAGAGUAUAAUUGUAUGAUAUGAAAUCUCUAAGAAUUAUAUCCAAUUUUGUAUUGAAA